AUGCAGACGGGCAAGCUGUCGGCGGCGAGUGGGCGUUUUUCGCGCAGAAGCUCGGUCGCGCGUGGUGGCGUGAAGAAGCCUGGUGUUGGGUACGAUGUCGAGUCCGACACGGUCACCAACGAGACUGUCGACGCCACCGGCGGCAGGCCCGUCUGGCUGCUGCUCCUGACCCUCUGCCUCGGCAAUGCUGGAGAGUCAGUCGAGGUGAUGAAGGGAGGAUUUAUGCUUCCGCGAGCGACGGAUGACGCAGCGGGCAUGACGAUGAUCUCGACCGGCAUUUUCGUCGGUAUGUUUAUCGGCGGCUUCAUCAGUGGUGCCGUUGCGGAUACGCUCGGCCGGGUGUUUGCGAUGAAGUGGGCUCUCAUUCUCGCGUGCCUCGCCGCGGCGCCGAACAUUAUGGCGCUCGUGGUCUGUCGCGUCCUCUCUGGCACUGGUGUGGGCGCGGCGACGCCUCCUCUCUUUGCCCUUGCGACAGAGUACGCCCCUCCCGGCAAGUCCGGUCCGGCCAUAUCUCUGGUUGCGUCUUUCUGGAUGGUCGGCUCGAUCUUUGCGGCUUGGGUUGCUCUCAUCAUGAUCGGGGAGCCAGAGCACGACUGGCCAACUUGGCCUUCCGACCUCAGCGGCCUCGAGGGCGCGCGCCGACUCUCGGGCGGUGGUGGCGGAGCAGCUGCUGCGGCGAGUUACACCCUUCCCGCGGACUGGGUUCCAGAUCCUGAGUGGGAUGCUCCCUGGCGGAAGUACGCCCUGGCGUGCGCGUCCGUUCCCAUCUUCGCCACCGUCCUCGUGAUCUGUGCCUUGCCUCCUGACGGCACCGGCGUCGAUGCUGAGGACGCCGAACCGCCGCAAAGCUUUGGAGGGCUGUGCUCCGACCUGAUGAAGAACCACGGCAGCUCGCUAUUCCUGCUCUGCGUUGUCUGGUUUGGGCUCAACUUUGGCUCGUAUGGGUUGUCAUCAUGGAUUACCGUGCUGCUGAAUGCAGGAGUCGACGACGCAUACUUUGUCUCGCUACUCUACGCCUUUGCCAUGCUUCCCGGAAACCUUAUCUCCAUCUUUGGCAUCGACAUCAUCGGUCGCAAGCUGCUGCUUAUGCUGACCAUGGGCCUCUCCGCUCUUUCGGCCAUUGCGCUCGGUAUGGUCGACUCCAGCAACAAGAGCAUGGUCAUCCUCGCCGCUUGCACGUUCUCUGGAGCCAGCAACGGAGGCUGGAACGCCCUCGAGGUCCUCUCAACCGAAUCGUUCCCGACCGAGGUCCGCGCGUUCUCCUUCUCGAUCCUCGCAGCUUCGGGGCGGAUCGCCUCGAUGAUCGCGCAGAUUGUCAACGGUGCACUCAUGUCCAGCCCGCUCAAGCUCCUCUCAGUCACUGCCACCUUCAUGACGGUCGGCUGUGGCGCCGCGCUCUUCCUCAAGCCGGGGGCCUAUGCUCACUGA